AUGCUUGCUCGAUUGGGCAUAGCCCGGCUACAGGUGCAGACGCCGCUGCAGACAUGUGGCGGUAAGUGCCAGUCCUCGGCAGGAGCUUCGAGGCUGUCACUUUGUCCAUGGGCCCCUCCUCUCGCUGUGCUUGCGAGCUCUGCCCGUCGCUUUGGACAUCGACGCAGCACCAUCUCGCGAUUUGCUGGAAAGAAAGCACAGCAGGUGCAGUCAUUGCAGGUGCAACAGCGCUGGCGCUGCUUCGAGGGCACACUGUUUCAUUGCAGCUACAGGUCCCAAGCCCUGGGUGGUCUGCGAUCGUCUUUCAGCGUGUAUGUCCCCGAUGCCCCACGCAUGCAGAUGGUGUUGCCAUAUCCAGAUGACUGUGAAGAGUUCCCGGUUGUGUUGUAUCUGUCGGACAUGGGUUGCUCUCAUAUGGAGGUGGUCAAAGAGUCGACUGCCCUGGAACACAGUGCGGCUUGUGGUCUGAUUUUUCUGGCAGCCGACACCUCGCCUAGGGGUGAGGGCGUACCAGAUGAGCCGCGAGUUGACGUUGGCAUAGGAGCCAGCUUCUACGUCAACGCAACUCAGAAGCCUUGGGCAGAGCACUACAGAAUGCAAGACUAUCUUGAGGAGUUGCUUGACCUGAUACACAAGAACUUUCCGACUUGUGGGCCCGAAGAGGUCUCACUGAUGGGACACUCGAUGGGAGGUUUGGGUGCUUUGGCAACGGCCAUCCGGCGACCCAAAAGCUUCCGUUCUGUCUCAGUGCUGGCACCCAUUGCCCAUCCGACGGCCAUCCCGGAGCUCUCCCAAAAGGUCGUGCCAGACGUGUGUGGUGCACUGUCGGCCUAUCUUGGCUCCGAGGAGGCCUGGAGAAAGUACGAUCCCACAUGCAUGAUCGAGGACUGCAGCACAAAGCAUGCUUCGCAGUUGCCCCCAAUCCUUCUCGACGUGGGGUCGGAGACUCUGCAAUCACCACUCGGUGAAGUGUACAGGCCACUUGAGUUUGUCAGCGCAUGUUCCCUGCGCGGUGUUCCUGUGGAGCUGCGAGUGCGGGCCGGGUUCGACCAUGGCUACUUCUUUGUAACCUCUGUGAUGGAAGAGCACCUGGACUUUCACUCAAAGCAUCUUGAUGCGGCGUGA